AUGCUGCAUCGCUUCGCCGCCUUCGCAAGCCUUUGCGGGACGCAGGCUGUGGUCGGCCCGUCGAGCGGUUGUGGCUCGCACCGGCGCUGCACGAGCCUGGAGCCAGGUGAAUGGCUGGCGCCAGGAGAGUGGCUCACGAGCCCAAAUGAUCGGUACAUUGCAGUCUUGCAAGCAGACUUUCUCGAAGUCCUCGAGACAGCGAGCUUCAGAACCCGGUGGGCAACUCCAGCUGAAGGCAGAAGAAUUCAAUCGACCGGUGUCUUGACAGCUGCACAUGUGGCGGAUGGCAGCUUGCUUCUGGAAGCUGGCACUGAUGGGGGUGGGCCGUGGAUUCAGCAUCUUCCACAUCAAAGGAGCGUCAACAUGCGCUUCACGAUCACUGCCACGCGUGGUGGCGGUGAUGCAGGUAUGCCUCAGGGCGUACAGCUGUCAGAGUUUCUGCUCUGGCGUGCAGGUAAGCCAGUCCAGCCCGCUGCAUCCAACGUGAGCUGCACUGCCGGUGUGGGCCCCUCCUACCAAGGACCUCGGAAUGCAGUGGAUGGAAACUUGAGAACCAAGUGGUGGGUGUCAUCGGAGCCCAAUGUCACCCUGGCGAUGUUUUUUCCGCACCUCCCUCGCGAUGGACCCUUCCUCUUUGGCUUUACGACCGGCGAUGACAUGCCCUCACGAGAUCCUGUCCAGUGGCUCCUGGAAGCCUCGCUGGACGGACAGUCGUGGCUGGAGCUACACCGCCAAGACACAAACUUUGCCACGCCGACGUCGCGGUUUUCAAUGACGCAGCUCUUCGAUGUUACGACGAAGUUUGCAGAGCUGCUGGGCCGAGCCGAUGAGAGAAGGCAGUGGACCUCGCCUUCCAACGCUCUGCCGGUGGCCAUGGUGUUGACGGACCUGGGUGCUCUUACACUCAAACAACGCCGGGCACUGAAACGCAUAGAGAUGUUACCAGUGCAGGCAGUUCAUUCCUCAGCCGCGACCCUGUUUCCAAUGACUCUCCCGGGAUGGCUAUCUGUUGAAUGGGGUGGAGACGGCAGAGAGGAAAAGUAUGCUUGGCUGCAGCUAUGCCAUGCUCGGUUCAAGAAGAACCACAUGGAAGCGCAGCGUCCCGUGGGGACAGACCUGGAGGAGUCUGAUCCAGGCUAUGCAGGUUCCACCCUGGGCGAGGGAGGCUGCCCGGCUUCCUUCUGCCCGAUGGAGGGGUGUCAAAACAGCACUGCGGACACCUUUUUCGUUCUUAUCCGGGCAUUCGGUGACGAAGAUUGGUGCAAGAAUGAAAUGUAUGUGACGCAGGCAUUGAUCGAUUUCUGCGACACUGGCAAAGCAGACUGGGCUUCUCACAGUUGGACUCACUAG